CUUAAUUUGACAAAGAAGGGAGAAAUACAUUUAUUCAACGCAUGUAAUCUGAAUGAAAGUCUAAACUGGUCUUUCAAUUUCCUUUGACAAAUUGAAUAUAGCCUUCUCUAUUUGACGCACGGAAAAAAUCGCAUCUUACUGGUACCCGCCAGGCAAAUUAACUGAGCAUGCGCUUCGGUGCAGCGUGCUCACAACGUUGAUUUCCACACAAAAGAAAAGCGAGCCGUCCCUUCUAACGACAUUUGAGGAGCGGAAACUGUUUCACUCCUUUGCGCAAGUGUUAAAAGAGAUUUUUGAACUGAUGCUGCCCAAGGAAGCGGGCCAUGUUGAAGUGCAUAUGGCGUCUCACCGACUCUGUCUCCGGUUGUGCUUCCUUGGUUUAGUAACUUUAUCUCUGUGCUCCGUUGUUUUCAUAAUGACAAGAGGUUAUCUGUUUAUCUACAUAAGUCCAGUAAUUGAAAUAGCUGAUGAGGACAGCAUUCUAAUCGAUCAAAAACGCGAAUUACAGAACAGUUACAACCGCGGAGGGAACAACAGCGAAAGAAAUUGUAAACACGACAAGUUCGACGACAUUUUACUGGUUAUAGCUUUCGUUGAAUUUCUUUAUGACUCUAUUCCUUAUCUGGAGAAGCUCUACAGACAUCGCUUUCCAAAUAUUGUUUAUUGCGGACCUGUCAAACCGCCUAAGGAAGGCCAGUACAAACUUAUAGUGGUCUCUAUGCUUCAUGGGGUUACAGCUUACGAGUGUCUGAGUACUGCAGCAAGGACACUACCACAGUUUACGGGUUAUUUAUUUAUGAGGAAUGAUCUGUUCUUGAAUAUUUGGAGCAUUGCAAAUUUUAGUCGAUCACGGAUAUGGCAAAGCUCAGGACAGCUUGGUAGCCAGGUCAUGUUUCAGCAAACGCGUGAUUCCUGGAUCUGGUGGUAUACGCCGUGGGGACUCAAGGCCUGCGAGGAGGCUUAUAAAGAGCUUAUUUACCUGAAUGACGCUUACAAGCGUGCAAUAAUCGAUAGCAAGGGACAGGAAGAAAGUUCGUGGGAUGUGGAAAAUUCACUGAAUGCUUUGCUAUGGAAUGGACGUGGUUUGAACAUGUGUUAUCGGGGAUUCUCAAAUCUAUUCUACAUUCCUUCACAACACGCAGUUGCAUUUCAGAAACUCUCCGCCGUGUUUCAAAAGCACCAAGUCUAUAUGGAGAUAGCGGUUCCGACCAUGAUAAAAAUGCUCGAAUUGUCCGAAAAAACCGAGCAAGUGACAGGGGUGGACAUCGGUUCGCUUUAUGGAGAAGAGCGAGCUCAGAAGGACGCUAGCUUGUUUUGGCGGCAUUUUUCACCGAACACUAGCUAUAUAAGGCCUGUUGUUCUAACUCGUAAUUACUCUGUUGACUCAAAGCCAAGCGGGGUGGUAGAGGUUUUGUUAAAAUGGUUAAAUCACAUUGACUGUUCAGAAGGGCUGUCAUAGCUCACCGAACUAAGACUUCGUUACGUGAGCGAAUGACCAUAUAUGGUUUGCGCUGUGGUUUAGAAAGUCUCGUCGCGC